CAAGGGAUCAGGAGUCAAAAUUCCAAGGAUACUGCCUCCAAACUCAGGGGUAAACGGGUUCAGAAGCUUGAUGCGGCUAUGGGUCCUACGUGUGCUGUGCAGGAGCUUGAUGGCCACGCCAAGGUAGCAGAUGAAGCUUCCCAAUCCCACUAUCACGAGAAGGUGUCAGCAUGGAAAAGACGGAAAUUGACGAUAUUGUUGAGAUACCGCAUUGUCAAGCGUGUCCGCUUUUGGCCUGUAUGA